AUGGCGGCACCCGAAGAACAGGCCCCCCUGCAGGAGGAGGAGGAGCCUCUUGAUCCGGUGCUCGAGAUGCAGUUGUGUGCACGGGGGCAAGUGGUGAGGGAACUGAGACUGAGUGUCGACCCCAACGUGGUGCAAAAAUACGAACACGUCAUGUGCUUCAAACCGGACACGCCCCCCCUUCACGUUGACGAGAUUGCCACCUCCUGGUUCGGCAAGGUGUUUGACAAGCGAGCUGAAGAUGACACGACGGGCAUUCAAAUCUGGGCAGCAUCCUUGGUCAUGGCAUACUGGAUCGUUGACCUGGCCCCUGAACUUGAUGGCAAGCGGGUGUGUGAGCUGGGUGCAGGAUGCGGUCUCCCUGCGCUAGCCACCCUGGCUUAUUCAGACGCUAAACAGGUGGUGAUGACCGACGUGUUUGAGCCUACGCUUGAAAACUUGCGGGCCAAUGUCAAACGCAACGGAGACAACAAUAGCAUGGCCAGCCGUGCCGCCGUUCAUUGCUUGGACUGGACCAAGCCUGAGACAUAUCGCAUUGACCCCGACGUUGCCGUCGACCAACAGUUUGACGUUCUCCUCGGCUGUGACCUGAUCUAUGACAACGCGCUUGUCCAGCCGCUUAUCAACACCAUCCGGGCCCUUCUACCCGUUGGUGGUACUUUCUACUAUGUUUCUGGGGGCAAGCGGUUCGUCUUCAUCUAA